CAUAAUUUGUGCUUACCGGCGAGUAAGUUUCGGUUGACUUGGUGCGAAAAUAAUGGGUAGUAACUGUAAUUUAGGGAAGCCAACCUUCACAAAGUUAAAGAAGAAGAACUGUAAUUUAUAAAACGAAUCUUAUACGAUUUUUAGUGAACACGAUGUUGGAUUUGGAUGAUGAACUUUCUCAGGAUUUUAUGCUCAUGCAAUCCAGGCAGUGGAGUUCUGGUUAUACCGCUGCAAUAACUGGCUACAGUUCGGAAUUGCAGUGUUCAACGAAAACAAAGCGUGAUGAAAUUAUGCGUUCAAAUCAAAAAACUUUACAGUUUAACAUACAUUCUGGGGUAUAUAAUAAACUCGUAGAUUUUAAACUUCCUCACUGCCUCCAGUACCGAGAAAAUGGAAUGACUUCGAAAUGCAAUUUGAGCUCACAGGUUAUAAGUUUAAAACUGAGACAACUGAAGUUAGUUAAUUCUAGUCGUGUAGAUUUGUCGGAUUAUGUAAGCUGUUAUUAUGUAAAAGGUUUUAAGAAAGACUUGGUAGGCGUUUGGACUUAUCAUGAAUAUUCAGCAGCGUUAUUAAAAUCUGUUUCAUUUCAGUAUUCUAAACUUACAUCAAAAUCUGAUGAUUUACUUCCUAGUAUUUCCGAGGCAUUUUGCUCUGAUAUUGUGAAUUUGCCAAGUUAUAAAGUAUUUGAUUUAUGUGGAUUGUCAACAGGUGACCAAGAUUACAUUUUGUAUGUUGCCAAUUCUUAUUCUCGUCAUAAGAAUAUUGCACACUUGGCACCAAUUGAUGUAAAUGAAUGGGCUGACCAACCUGAUGAUGUGGUGAGACGUUUUGAACAUCAAGAAAUUCUCUGGAGUUGUGCUUGGAAUAGUUUCAAACGCCGUUUUGCUAUUGGUGCUGACAGGUGUUUCUAUCUUCAUGAUUAUGUAAGUUUCUCAGACAAAAUUGAAUUGCCUAAAGGACAGCCACAUUCCUUAGAUUUUAAUAGCAAUGGUAAUUUGCUAUAUUGUGGGCUUCACAUGGGAGAACUGACCUGUUUUGAUCUUCGUUCAGAAGACAGAGUGCCUGCUUUAACAGUGUCACUCUGCAAAAACAUUUCAUACAUUAAACUUCUUUCAGAUGAACAAACUAUUAUUGCCAGUGGAUUCAACAACGUUCUUCUGAAUAUUGAUUUGCGUACAAAGAAGAUAGUUUUUCAGUAUCCAAACCACCAUAGUUUAUAUAAGAAAUUAGCAUUCAGUUUAGAUGAAUCUCUGAAUAUACUUUGUGCUCCAGGAGAGGACAAUAUUACAAGAUUAUGGACAUUAAAUGAUGGAAAACUUUUGCAUUCACUUCCUCUACCAGAUCAAGAUUGGUGUGGGCAGAUCAAUUCCAUGUUUCAAGCUGAUGGUGGAAGAAUGUUUGUUCACGUUUUACUUGGAGAUUCUAUAUAUACUUACGAGACACUUGAAGACAAUACAAAAUUUCAGUAUGUUAUGCCAGUUCGUUAUCGCUUCCUUGAUACCUAGUCUUUUUCACACUAUAUCCAUUGUUAUUUUAAGAAAAUGUAUUGAUAGUAUGACUGAUCUGCUAACUAUAUGUGUGAAUUUAUACUAGAAUUUAUGAUUAAAACUGCUAAAUAUCAA